UACUAAGUAAAAAGAUAACCGAUAACAGAAAACUAAACAAUAAAAAAUUACACAUCUCUAUGUAACUAAAAACAUGUCCUUGGUGCUAAUUAUAUUUUUAACCUUUGUGGCAUGCUAUUUUAUACACGUUAAAUGGCCGGUUUUUACUGUCGGUAGACGAAUACGCGGACCAUGGGCCUUACCGUUGGUCGGUAAUGUGCAAAUGAUCAGCAAAUUGAAGCCGGAAUCUUUAUUCAAAAGCGUGGUGGAGUUUCGCGCUAAAUACCGUGAAACUUAUCGUUUAUGGCUCGGGCCGGAGUUAUGGGUCUUUCUGCAUAGUCCAGCGGAGACGCGUGAAGCUUUGCAUGACACGACAUUAACGAGACCGGUGGCAUUUCAACAACUAAGCGCAUUAAUCGGUAAUGGGCUGCUAAUAAGUCAUGGGAAGCAAUGGGAAACACAUCGACGCGCACUAAGCCCCGCCUUUCAUGCAAAUAUACUAAAUACUUUCGCACCCGUGAUAGCGCAGCAUGGCGGGGAAUUAGUGCGAAAACUGCGUGCCACCGCGGGCUGUUCAGUGGAAGUAAGUGAUUAUAUCUUCGCUUGUGUGCUGGAUGCGAUAGUAGAAACCUCAAUGGGCAAACAGCUAAACUCGCUUACGGAUCCACAUAAUCACUAUGCGCAUGCCUUUCACAAAACCAGUGAGCUGCUCUUCAAACGCAUGACAAACCCACUAUUGGCGCUGGAUUUCAUAUUUCAACGCACAAAUAUGUAUCGCGAGCUGAGCGCCUCCGUCGCAGUGAUACAUCAGCUGAUGGCUACUGUGAUUGAUGAGCGCAUUGCGGCACUUAAACAAGAGGAGUCGUCGGUUUCUGGCGUUAUUACGGCACCAGCCGAGGAAGGCAUACGCAAGCAGCGUCGUACGUUGCUGGACACACUGCUAACCACACAAUUAGACGGGGGAGGGUUGACGCGCAGUGAAAUUUGUGACGAGGUGAAUACGUUUGUCUUUGCGGGUGUUGACACCACCACUGCAGCGAUGUGUUUUGUGCUCUACAGUUUAGGUAAAUAUCCAGCGGAACAGCAUAAAUUGUUGGCAGAAAUUGAAGAACAGGUCUCCUUUGGUGCUGAACUCACCGCCGAAACACUCAAUCGUUUGACAUAUUUGGAUCUUUUCAUCAAAGAGGUCUUACGUUACUAUACUGUAGUGCCGCUCACCGGACGUCAGACUACCAGCGAUACGGUGAUAGGUGGGCGGCGGUACUGUGCUGGUAUAACACUUUGGAUUGAUUUGUAUGGACUUACCCACGAUGCGCACUAUUUCGAUAAGCCGGAUGAGUUUAAACCGUUGCGUUUCGCGCAAACACAGAAAGAGCACUUGCCGCCAUAUGUUUAUAUGCCGUUCUCGGGUGGACCACACAUAUGUAUAGGUCGUAAUUAUGCAUUACUGAUUAUGAAAAUGUUCACGGUACAGAUUUUGCGCAAUUUUGUGGUUGAAUUGCGUAAUCCACAUGAAGAGUUGGUGCUACAGUCACAAAUGGUGCUUAAGUCCCUGCAUGGUUUCAAUUUGAUGUUGAGGCAAAUAGUAUAAAUUACUGAGAAGACGGUGUCGAGAUUUGAAUAUUUUUAUUAUUUAAUUAAUAGUCUGAAUAAAGUGCAUGACUGCAAAACUAUGAGUUAAAUUAUGAAUAAAGUUCACCGCGCGGUCAUAAGGCAUAAAUACUGCUGUACUUCUUUUAAUAAACACAUUUGUUAUUGUAAGGUAAAGGCACAAUAGACCCUAGGUCGCGGUGCAACCUUCACUUACUUAUCUAAUCUACUGUAAGGUCAGCUAUUGAAUUUUUUUUGCGCUUUCGGAAGUACGUUUGGCUAUUUCCGGUCGUAUAGACGUGAAGGCUUUGCUUAUACAUUAUAUAAACAUUAAAUUAAGUUAUUAUAAUAACAACUUUAAGUACAUACGUACAUA